AUGUUUGACCUGGAGCCGCAUAGAGUUGCUAGCAUUUUGGUAUGGGUGACCUCCCUUUCCGGGAUGUUCUCAAAUGGUGUCGUGUUUUGUUGGGUCACGAAGAUGCCGUCGAUGCAGAACCCAUUUGGCCGAAUCGCGAGAAAUCAAUCGCUGACUGGCUUUCUGCAUGCUUGCGGAUAUUUCUUCUUCUUUGCUCCGAUGCUAUAUUUUGACAUAAAAUCCUGGAAAGACUCAAAAAUCUCGAGUUGGUUUGGGCAGCUUGAGGACACCUUUUAUGAUGCUUGUCUUUAUUGCCAUUUAUUCAUUUCCCUCAAUCGUAUCAUUUCCAUCUGGUUCCCAAUGUAUUACGACAUGACAUUCACCAAGAAUCGUGUGCGCCUCAUCAAUUUUCUGGUGUGGGCGGUGGCAAUCGGGUUGAAUUUCUACUUUUUGCGAUGGGCGGACUGUCGGAUCCAAUAUGGUGAAGAGGUCUGGGGAGUCGUAUUCCUGAAUACGGAGCUGUGUUUUAAGAUUGGGAUGGCCUUCGUCGUCCAUAAAGGAAUUAUCCUCACGAUGGUUAUCGCAUUCUUGGAUAUGUGUACUUUCUUGAAAUGUCGGGUACAUGGAAGACAAUUACUCCGCCUCACGACAGAUACGCAGGCGCGCAAUCGGAAAAUCAUGGAGAUCACGUUUGUCACGCAGUCAUUCGUCCAAGCCUUUAUCUUCAUCCUCGAGCUGCUCACCUAUUUUGUGUUCGUCAACUGGACCGACAGCAAGUUGGCCAAGUUUGGCCUCAAGACGAUUGCCUGGAUUAUGGUGCACUCGCUUGAUGGGUUUAUCGCCAUCCUCUUCAACAAGGAAUUCAUCCGAAAAGUGUUCAUCUCGAAGCAGCGCCGUGUCGCUUCGGAUUAUCGUUCGAGCCAGGUGAACACUACUGGAACAGCCGCAGCUCUCACCAUUCACAGCGUGGCGAUCGAUAUUCAAAAGAAG